AAGAUUAUAAACUAAUCAAGAUAAUGUUGAAGUGUGAUUGGUCAUAGGAUAAGUUCGACCGUAAUCUGCGACUGUGCAAAAGAAGAGGUGCAUUGUGAUCGGCUGGCGGGAAACAACCUGUUGAUCAUCUUUCGAAGAAGCUUUUCCCGCGUGCUUUUUAUUUAUUUUUAUCUUCUUUCGCGGGUGAGAAAGCCCGACGCUUGUCGAAGAAAGUUCUUUUACAAACUUUUUUCGUAACAUCUGCUGGCACGGAUUUUUUUCGAAAACUCUCUUAACUCGACGAAUAGAUCAUCUGAAGAAGUCUGCCACAUGACUCUGUGACGUCAUCCAUGUUGGGGGGAUGACGUCAGAGGCAAAUCGCCUGGAUUCUCCGCCGCCCGCCAUCUCCGUGAAAGCGCGCGCCAAGGAGAUCGAGGCCCGGUCAGGAGCAGCUGGAAAAGAAUUCCUUGCACGACCAUCACCACCUGUGGCUCCUCAAGAUGUUUCUGUGAGACGAUAUCAGGUUAUAAGUUCCGCGGAUGAACCACAAGUAACUUCGGGUGGAUGUUUGUCACCUCCACCUACUCGCCGUUGUAGUGAAGGAGAUAUUUUCCUGCAUUGCAACGUCUACCACUCAUCACUUCCUACAACUCCUAAACAACGGAGAAUCAGUUUAGAAAAUGCAUCUCCUCCCGUUGUUCCCGAGCGUCGAACGACUCUUGCCAGAGUACUAGAGAGCAAAGAAGGUAGUUGUAGCGGAGGAGCUCCAACUUCUACAGUGUGCCAAACGAAAACCACUUCUAAUUUUGCUCCAUUCACGGACGGUGGGAAAAGUGGCGUCACGUGCCACGAGGAAGCAACAGCCGAUUUUAGGCCCUCUAUCUUUAGCACGAACCGCUUCCACCCAGCCAGCUCUACAACGUCGAAGCAAUCUCCCCUGGAUGACAUUAUAACUGCCCUCGAGAAGAUAUGCGAUGAGUUUGCGUCGCCCGAAACUGUGACCAGGCGACCGUCUGACCAGCGCAAUUCUGCGGUUGAUCAAACGUCGAGCACUGCCUCACACCGUGACAAUGAUGAUGUUUUCCAAAAAUCUAUUCGGAGAAAACAAGCCCCUAGUCUACCGUUUCUUAACGUCAGCAACCAUGAUGUAAGUGACAAGACGCAAUGGCUGAAUGAGCGUGGUCUUUCUUCGGUGGCUCAGCGCCAAGACAUCAAAACAGAAUCGACUAGAAAGCCUCUUGAAACUAAACAUGUACUAGAUAAUUCAGAAAGGAUAAAAUAUACUCUGGUGUCGUCUGAGACAUCCAUCGAAUCUGAACCUGCUACAUAUCGUUCGACUUUGCAGUUCUCUCCAAAAACACAAGAACGUCACUUUGUAAAUGCCAGCCUACAAGUGUCACCUCCAGAGCUCGCUCAUAAAUGCAAUUCACAGAGCUCGUCACGAUUGUGCUCGGGCUCUGCUUCUGUGGAUCAGACACAAAGUCGAUUGAACUUAAAUGAAUUCGGUAUUUACAUCUCUGGAGAAUUAAAAGAAAAUUCUGUCGGUACAGAACCGACAGCAACUGGUUAUCAACCAGUUUUAAGUGAAAAUAUUUCUACGAUAAGAGAAUCAACGGAAAAAAAGCGCGAAUAUCCUGUCAAUUAUUUUACAUCUGGUUACAAAAAUAGUUUAAAUAAUGAAACUCCAUCUCGAAGCUCAUUAAAGCAGUCCAGUCUUGUAAAAAUCGAUGCUGCUGAAGCUGAAGUAAAAUUAAAAACUUAUAAGAACGAUGUUUCCGUUCAACCUGUAGAAAAGGAUGUUCAAUCUAAAAUCGAUCAUAAAAUAAAAAAGCCUGCUGUCACAAUUAAACCAAAUUUACCUAAAAUUUUAUCUUCUAACCUUCCAUCAUGUCCAGAUACUGAUAGAUUACAGCUAAAUAAAGAACGUGCUCUUAAAAAUGAAGCGAAAUGUGACAGUAGUCCUUCAGAAGAACUUGAAAUUGUAAAAAAUAUUUUGGCUAAUUUAGAUUUUGAUAAAUAUAAACGAAGAUUUUCUUUGGAAACUGAUAGAAGAGUGCUAAAUAUGGAAGAAAAAUCUCCGAAACCGCCGAGAGCCCAGAAAACUAGCAGCGUAAAACUCAAAGAAUUUUUUGAUUUGUUAAAACCGAAUUCUGACAGUUCCUCCAAUUCCAGCAAACGUCCAUUUGGUUUAUGCCGAAGUUCAUCUUUUACAAACGCAGAGUCGAUUGGUGGAGAAAAUCUUACGCCAAAGUUUUUCUUGCAGAAUGAGGAUAAUGAAGUUGCAAUUCCUGUACAAGAUACUAAAAAACUGGCUACUCUUCCCAGAAGGAAACCUUCGACGCUACAGCCUCUCAUGAAGGUGGCGCCCCCUGCACCUGUCCCAGCCGUAGCCUCUUGCCCAAGCAUUGUAAAAUUGGAAUCAAAUGCUGCCACCAGUGAUUCUCAAGAUGCAGAUCUUGCUUAUGAUGAAGGUCUCGUCUCGGACUCUGAGGUUGGGCCUGGAGCUUACGUAACGGCCUACGUCAGUUGUGUAACCUCUUCUUCGCCUUCUGCUAGCAUUUCCGGAAGGCGUGGGCACUUUCGUUCCGCAAGCGACAACGUCACUUCCGUUUCUUCCAUGCUCCUUCCUGAAGUUCGCAUAAAGAAAACAAGUAGCGCCGAGAAAUUGUGGACUUCUGUUUCUAAUCGUUUGAGUGGCACUGAAAAACGCAAGAGAAGGAAAGGCAUUAAUUGUAAACAGUUCGGAGGGGCCAUGAUCCAAGAGCCUGCUAAGUCAGGGACUGGACGUUCCUUGACGUACCCUCCACAGAGGAAGAGUUCCACUUCCGAAGACGAACAGGAGUUUACAUCUGUAGAUAGUAAUGGUUUGAAAUCACUGAAACUACUGACAGCUGGUCUGAUGGGUUCUGGACAAGAUGCUGUACGUUUACUAAGUGAUUUGUCGUUGGCCGACAGUCACUUAUGCCCCAGCGAAGGAACAAUGGAUGAAACUUACCAAGAUGUUGUUGACAGCGUGAUGCACUCGCCCAGCGCCUCCAAACAUUUAUCAGUCGAAGAUCAUGGAUCGUCUGGUGCAAAUGGCAAACCACAUAAAAAGAAACACCACAGCGAUCCUGGAGGGGAAGCUUGUUCAUCAGGUCCUGGUGACGGAUUUAUUGCCGAUGCAAUCGGUUCUUCUCGCAGCGAACCUGAUUUGGGUGGGAACGAGAUCAUAACGCCCCCGUCAUCUUCAUGCUCAUCAGCUUCUUCAGAAACAUCUUCUCGGGCUACCCAAACUUCACACCAAGACCCAGAUGACAGACACCUCCAGCUGAAGCUGGUCAUCGAUGGGCAAGUGCCAAGGAGUGGUCAAGGGACAUGGCAUGUUCGUGUGGGAUCAGGAGGGUCCUUGACAUCAGGAGCUACACCAAACAGCCGAUUCCAGUUUCCUGACUCAGAUGGCAGCAGCCAUCGCCUAGCUAUAGAACAAAGCCAAUCAUCCAAAAGUCCUCAAGAACAGAGGCGGUACUCCAAGCGGCGACUGAGAGGGCCAUAUGGGGAAAUGCUGGAAGAAGAAAUGCGGAAAUCUGGUGAGAAGCAGAAACCAGCCUAUAGCGAUCUCAGUUUUCUGCAAGACUUAUGUGAAACCAGGAAUAAAAAUCAAGAAUCCUCAACAAGUUCCGAUAAUGUUUCUUCUCAAAACAGACCUGCCAUGUUUUUGAGCAGUCAGUCACUAGACGACGCGAGUUCGGUUUCGUCCAAGAAUGAAUUAGCUAUGUGUGUAACACCAAAGCGAAAAAUUAGUGCUAACUAUCCUUUGUUAUCGGAUGGUGAAACUGUAGCAAUUGCUAGUGAUGAGGAUAUUUCUCCUACGAAACCUGUCAAUGACUUAUCAGUGGAUUGUGCUGGUAGCGCGGAGAAUAAAAAUGAGGAUAAAAGUGCAUCUCAGCAGAAUAAUAAAGAAGGUUCCAAAGGAUUAACGGAUUUUUCUAAGAUUCAAGAACGUCAUUCGGACACCAGGACACAUGUUGUGGGUGAAUUGUAUGAUACGGAGAAAUCCUAUGUGGAGUCACUGCAAAUUCUUGCUAACAAAUACAUGAAGCCAUUGAAAAGCCCAGAAUACAGUGGGAUUGUGGAGACAGGUCUUGUUGAUGAAAUUUUCUUCCAAAUCCCUGAAAUCCUGAAUCACCAUGAAGGAUUUCUUGAGGUGCUCAAACAAAGGCUUGUAAACUGGGACAGCAAACAGAAAGUUGGAGACGUUUUCGUUGAAGCGUUUACUAAGCAGCAAGUAAUUGAUACUUACACUGCUUUCAUCAAUAACUGGAAAUCGGCAAAAGAUGCUAUCAAACUUGCUACCCACGCUAAGCCGGCAUUUGCCCGAUUUCUGGAGCAUAUGUCUAGAGAGCAUAAAGGAAAGCUAACAUUAGAUGCUCUUCUUAUCAUGCCUGUGCAACGUAUUCCACGCUAUGAGCUACUCAUAAAGGAGCUUUUGAAGCAUACCCACGUUGAUCACCCAGAUCACCAACUUCUAGUCCUAGCUCAGAAGGAAGUUCAUGACUUGGCACUUAAGAUAAAUCGCAUGGAAAGAGAAGCAUUCCAGCAAGAGCAGAUGCAGCAGAGAGUCCGAGAAAUCGAACAACUUAUCGAUGGCGUGAUGGAUCUGGUACAACCAGACAGAGACUUCAUUCGACAUGAUAUGGUCUGUAUGCCUGGUGGGCUCGGUACCAAAAAGGAAAGGUGCCUGUUCCUGUUUUCGGAUGUUUUGCUGAUCACAAGUAUAAAGCGGAAGAGUACAACUAUUAGAAAACCGUCGUCGGCAUCAUCACUUUCACAAAGUUCAUUUAGCAGUUUAGAGAUGAACAAGUAUAAGCUAUUGACAAGAUUCUCUCUUGAUAAUCUGGAUGUUGCUAAAAGUACAGAUAGCGGACUUAAAAAACUGUUAAAGGAUAUUGAAAGCUUGGAAGAAGAUGUUGCUUUGCUGAGUCAAAUUAAUGAACUAGUUUCGAAGUUAAACACCCAUCAACAAGCUCUGGAGGACCUCGUGAAAGAUAUAACCAACGGAAUGUCGAAGCAACUAUGUGAAAAGCAAACUGCCGACUCUCAGCUUAUAAGCUUAGAACUCAAUGUAACGACACAAGAAGGGGUUGAAAGCCUUACCAUCCAGUUUUCUUCUCCAGAAAAAAGAGCUAUUUGGGAAGCUGCUUUCAAUAGUGCGAAACAGAAACUCGCUCUUUCUGCAGAUCGCCGACCACCUCCUGAAUUCAUGCAUCCGCUGCCUAUUCGGAAAACUAGAGCUGGUUUACAGUUUACAUGUGCAACUGCGACAUUGGGUCUCAAUCAACAAGGACUGCGCGAUGUGUGGGUGUGCAACAGCGAUGGCUAUGUGGGACAAGUCUGUGUGCUUAGCUUAUUGCCUGAGCCAACAGUCAUGUCUUGCAAUGGUGUCUGCAAUGCACGCAUCCUCACAAUCGCAUCCAUUCCUGCUGCUUGUUCGAUGGCACCCGAGAAGAACCGCUGGAAACCAGCAUUACCAGACAAUACGACUGGUGUCAGUGUAGAGGUGGAGGAAGUAGAUGAAGUAGAUGAAGAAGAGCGUCCCAACAAUGGAAAUAUUCAGUUAGAUAGUGAUUCUAGUGACGAUGAUGAUACAGAGUCAACAGAUGAUGAGAGAAAGGAUGAACGCAAAAAAAGAGGUAGCUCCAUCGUCAGAGAAGAAUGUCAAGAUGACAUGGACAACAAACAGCCAACUAUGUGGCUUGGUACUGAAGAUGGAUGUAUACACGUGUAUAAUUGCAGUGACAAUAUUCGAACCAAGAAAAAUAAAAUUAAAAUCCAGCAUACAGCUGCAAUACAGUGCAUAAUAUACUUGGAUAAUCGAGUGUUUGUUUCAAUAGCCAAUGGUGAAGUUCAUGUUUAUAAAAAAGAAACAGGUGGUGGAUGGUGUACUUCAGAGCCUCAAAACGUGAACAUUGGCAGUGCAUCUGCUCCAGUAACAAAAAUGCUGGCUGUGGCUGGUAAGCUUUGGUGUGGCUGCCAAAAUACCAUACAUGUGCUAAAUACAGGAAAUCUUCAAGUAGAGCACUCCUUUCCUGUUAGCAGUGACACCACUCGCACUGUACUCUGCAUGGUUACUUCUGGCUUGGGCGUCUGGAUUGCCCUCCACCACAGUGCUAUUCUUCGUCUUUUCCAUGCCACCAGCUAUGAAUGUCUGUUUGAUAUAAACGUAGCUCCAGCCGUUACUAAAAUGCUAUCAGGUUGUGAUGAUAUCAUUCGACAACAUAAAGCAGCAUGCCUAAGGGUGACUGCUAUGCUGGCUUGUAAAGAUUUGCUUUGGGUAGGCACAAGUGCUGGUGUCAUUUUAAUAUUACCUCUUCCACAUCUCACUUCAUCCACCACAAGUCUUGAUGACAUACCUAAUGUCUCAGGACUUCCAUUCGGGCACACAGGGCAUGUUCGUUUCUUGACAUGUGUAGAGAUGUCUCCAGGAACAUCUUUGGACAUGACAGGCUAUAACAAGUAUGCCCUCCGCACCCGAACUAAAGAAGGAGCAAGUGGCCGCCGGGCGUCCACUAGUGCCUCAGCAGGCAGUAAACUAUUAGUUAUUAGUGGAGGUGAUGGUUAUGAGGACUUCCAGAAUUCUGGACUUGGGGAAGCAGCUGGUCGUGAUGACAGUACCAAUCAUUUGCUGCUUUGGCAAGUGUGAUAAAAGCAGUGAAUAGCCAAUAUCAGUCAUUCUGUCUGUGAUACAUUACAGUGAUGUUUGUUUAAAUGCCCAUAGCACUAUUCCAUGGUGAUAAUGCAUGUAAUAAAUUUCAUAAUUUUAAAAAGCCAUAUAUACAUACAAGCAUGCAUACAUAUGCUUUUAUUAUAGUAUUAUUCAUUAUGAAUUUAAUUUGUAUAUAUUCUCAUCACUGAUAAGUAUUCUUCAGUAGUGCAUAAUAAUAUUUGCUCUAAAUUGACAUUGUUUAGUAUAUUUUCCAUCUUUUCAAUUGAUGUAGAGUAACAAUAUUUAUGCAAUUUAUUUAUGUAAAACCACCAUGACUUUAUAGAAAGAAGGUGAUUUUUCAUAAAUAAAAUGUCCAUAAAAUAUUGUCUAUUUUAUUGCUCAUAUCGUAAUUUUUUUUUUUUUUUUUUUUUUUUUUUUUUGGAAAUCUCAAACAUUGAGUCUUAAAUUAUGUUUGAUAAUAAUAAAGCUGUCUGUGAAAACUGAAGAAAGUAACCAACUUUCUUCAGUUAUUCACUGCUUCAGUCAUGUUGGUAUCGUUUCACAAUUUUCAAUUACCUAUCAGGUACUUUAAAGUAAAUUUUUAUUAUUACUAAAAAAUUAAUAUGUUUUGAAAAUGCGUAUAAAAGUUACAUAUGAUUUAAUGAUACAUAAAACUUUCAGUUUAACAUUCCAUUUCCUGUCCUUUGUGUUAACUUAAAUGUUUCUUGGCAUUGCUUAGUAAAGAAACACAUUGAUAAUUGGACCAUGAAUAAGAUGCUGAAAAAUUUACUUGAAACAUGCAUUUGUGUAUAUUUGGAAAGUAUUUCAAUUUGCUAUAUAUAUUGCUAAUGCAUUUAUAUGAGUCUUGAGCCACUUGUAUUUUAUUGGGUGCAUGUAAUGCAUGAUAGAAUGUAAUUCGUUGUAAAGAUUUUUCUUCUUGUUUUUUAAUCUUCUUGUUUUUUAAUCUUUCAUUCUAGUGAAUGUAAAUUUUAAAUGAAUGGUCAGAACAUGACAGCUGAUUUCACUCUCAGUGAUUGUUAAUUUUACUCAAUAUUGUAUUAUACUUUUCAUUUACAUUGUAAAAUAAUUCAUCUUUCAAUGAAACAAAUCAUAAAUUGAUUUCUUUGAAGAAUUCCUUUUUAUUGAGGCAUAUUUUAAUGUCAUGAUGCAAAAGCAAAACAAAAAAAAUGGGAGGUUAUUUUGGUAUAACGUUUCGAGAAACAUUAGUGAAUCAUAAGGCUAAAGUGAUUUAUCACAUCCUAGCCUUUGUAAAGCUUUCGUGUUGUGAUCAGCUCAUCUGUUUCAUCAUUAGACUAGAAAAAUGUAAUGCAGGAUCAUUUUAUUAAGAAAUAUAUGUAUGUGAAUUUUCAUAUAAAAAUCUCUUAAUCUUCAUUAUUAUUGCAUGUAUAUGUGAUAUCAGCUGUAUAUUUAUAAGAUGCGAUUUUUCUCUGUCCAUUAGAUUCUGAAGCUAUAAAUAUGUGAAUGUACUCUUCUAAGAUGUUGAUGUUUCCGUGCGAGUGUAAAGUUUGUAAUACUAAAUAAUCGUAUUUACUAACACGCUAUUGUUCUUUAAAAACAAAACCUUAAAGAAAUGCGACUACAAAUUGUAUUUUUUUCAGGAUAUGUAAAGUAGACAAUGCAGAGCAAAUGAUUUAACAUUUCACUGUACAUCGAUGCAAUUAGUUUUCUGAGUACCCACCUCUGAAUUGUAUUUCUUGCUGUAGUCACCAUGGCAAAGAAUGAAAUAAAAUUUCAAUAGUAUGUUGUGGAAUAUCCAUCCGAGCUGCAUUAAUUCGCUUCGAAUAUUCAUCAAGAUUUGGUGUAAGAUUGUCAUAAGUACAUCAUUCUUCGUUUGAUAAUCAUGAAAUUUGCAAUGAGUCAUCAUCCAAGCGGCUAAGAAAGGAGUGAGGCAUUAUUAAUUCUGGAGAAGGUUUCGUUGUUGCUGCAGUAUGAGGAUUGCCAUUGUUCUGUUGAAAAAUUACUUGAAAGAGGUCUUGUAAGUAAGCACAGGUGACUGGUAGUAAAGUGUCAUUGAACUCGUUAGUGUGUCUUGAAGUUUUAUGAAGGGCGACUUUCUGUUAAAUCUAAUAGCAUCCCAUAAAAAGGCACUCCUUGUUGGUGCGGUUCACCGCAUGCGAAUAUCGUUUCUCAUAGUCUAUCAUCCUGUCGGCGUUGGGUACAUAUACCACCAAUAUUUUUGCCUAAGCAAAACCGUAAGUAAUCAGAAAAGAUGAUGAUAUGCCGCUCAUUCAACAAUUUACUGCUAAUCUAAAACAGUUCGAUGCAUGUUGCUUCCUUCUGGAAGUUCGUUGUCUAAGUGUCAAAGGUAAUCUGAGAAGCGUUUGAUGUGCCUAUAAUCCAAAGCAUAAUAAACGGUGACAUACUGAUAAAUAACAUUGACUGACGUGUUACCAUUCACCUUUGCUGCGUCAGUGUUGAAAAUACUGUCGAUGGCGUGCAUGGUCACCCAAAGGUUCCUAAGAGGACGAUCCCUUCUGGGCGUUGUCUGCUUAUACGUCCAGAAUAUUCUCUUCGUGUUUCAUCUUAAGAACAAGUUUCUCCGUACUCGUUUAACCACAGAAAUGCUCAGCCCUACCAUUUACCUACUCAGGAAUAGAAGCGUUGAUUUUCCUUUUGCCAGUGAUACAUCCUCUGUCAAAGAUACGUAUUUGAUUACACAGUUGUCUUUGCACAGCAUAGAAGCAUCCUUACUCAUUACUGCACGAGGAUUAAAAUUCCUCUGUAGCUGUGACAAGCUUUAAAAAAUAAUGAAGACUAAUUGACAUAGGAGUACGUUUUGGGUUUUUACUGAUAUAUCUUCGGAAUAUAUGGACCAGUGAGACUAAAAUGCUGAUCAUUUGUCCUGUAUUGCAUAUUUUACAUAAUCUGAAAAAAAUUUAAGUUGUUGCUAUAUUCCUUCUAAGUGCUCUGUUUUUUUAAGAGCAGUUGUGUGCACAUAGGUGGAAUUUUGUGAGUGUAAAUAAACUUUUAAAUUGUUAGUUUUAACUCUUUUGAGCUUUCCAUGCAUUUAGAGAUUGACAAACUUAGCUAUGCUCAAUAGUAAUGGCAUCAGAAACAGGGCUUUGACAUGAUGUAUACUUAGAUUAACUAAGGUUGUUCAUGACUGUAAGAAUAAAUUUUAUCUGUUUCACCUUUAACUGUUUAAAAUUUAAACUACAAUUCUUUUUUUUUUUUUUUUUUUUUUGUAAUUACAAAAGGUACCAAAAGUGUAUCAUUGAUACUUAAAUGUACGUUAAAAAAUUUAUAUCAAACGUACUUAUAGGAACAUAUUUUAUUGAGCUUAUGCGUUAUCAAAACGUUUAUAAUAAAUAAUUACUGAAAUAGUAUUUGUAUGGAAAUGUAGCUCCAUAUGUGUGAAAUUAAUUUAGCUUGGCAAAUGACCGAUUGGUUUCGCCAUUCUUGACUAGUGCUUAACGAGCAAGUGUCAGGCCAUUUGGGGGGAACGGGGGAGAUGUUAAAUAUUUUCGACAGUAAAUUUAUUCUGUUUUGGUUAGUGCAAAAUUUAUUGUUAUCCAUCUGCAAAAAACACACUUUUUAUAUAAUCUCUGAAUGUGUGCGUCUGAAAAGUGUUAACAAUUUUUUAUCCUACCUGUUGCUGCUGAUAUGAAAACAGAACAUAUCUCUAUGUAAAAAUUAUUUAUCUUGCCAAGUGAUGUGAACUAGCAAUGCAAUAUCACCUUGGAUUACUGCUUUGUGAGUGCUUUCAAAAAUGCACUAAAAUCAUUUGUGCCAAUGAUUGAAAAUGUCUGCAGUGUUUCCAGCACUGUAGUAUAUGUAAAUAAUUUAAUGUAUAUAGUCUUCAUCUGCAUGGAUAAAACAAAAACCUGUCCAUUUAUUGGAAAUUUUAAUCUCAAUCAGCUAUUUAUUAUGUUCUUGCUCUUAUUCUGUAAACAUUUGGCAUGCAAAAAUCAUUAAACGUAAAAUAUCAAUGUAUUAUGAUGUUCUCUUAUAUACGUACUGUAUUGAAUGAACAAAUUGUUUUUGGCGAAGUGUUUUUAAAUAUGUGAUAUUUACUAUAGUAAAAUUUGCAAACUGUUGUAUAAAAUAUGAACUUUAUUAAGUAUAUGCAGAAGUAUCGAGAAACAAUUGUCAAAGCUUUAAGAUAAAUGUUAAAAUUUGUAGCAGAUGUAUCUGUAAUGUUAUAUGGAAAGCAUUAGCUGUUAUAUUUAAUCCAGGAAAUGUAAGUCUAUUCUGUGGUCAACGUCCACAUGAAUUUUUCAAAAUUUUUUUAUUAUGAGACAGUUUGAAACAUUUGCAUUUCCUAUAGUUCAAUUAUCUUUUAUAAUUUACUUCCUUAAGUAUGUAAUACGUGUAUGAAGCUCUUAAUAUAUGUAAAUUGUUUCAUAAACUUAACUUUUCACGUCAAAAAGUACUCUUAAACUUAUUUUAAAAUUUAUCACUUCUUUCUAACGUAAAACUUUCCGCAAGGUUAUCAUUAAGUGUUGAAGUUUUUAAAUAGUUGUGGAUUUUAUUUGAAUGUGAUAUAUAUAGUAAAAAAAUCUAUUGCAAUGUUCCUUUUAAAAUUUCUGCUGUAUGUCUGAUAUAUACAGACAUCAGUAAAAAUAACUUAAAAAGUACUUUUAGAAAAUUUAUGUAAUAAUUUUUUAACACAUUGUAUGUUUUAUAUUUGCACAUGUUGCUGAUUUAUAUAGCAUACUGCGAAAUUUUAAAGUCAGUUGUUCAAUCUAAUAUCUUACUUUCGUGAUUAUCAUAUCUUAUAUUUCGCAUAACGUUUUAUAUGGUAUUGGAUUAUACUGUGAAUACAGUGAAAUAACCAAAUAUUUAACUGUGAAAAUAGAAUGUUCUUUUAUAUAAGUGUAACAGAAGUUAUAUACUUGUUUAUUACUUUGCAUGCACAUUCCUGAUCACAGCAGAAGUCUUAUUUGUAAAUAUUUUCUGGAAACAUAUUCUAAGAAAAGUACUGUUGGUGGUUUAUGUAUCAGUGUUGAGUAAAAAGUGUUGCAGUGGAA